UCAGUUUUUAAAAUUAUUCAGUAGGGUGACACCUUGGAUUAUGCCGAUCCAAUUUUGAAAAGUCUUCAGCAGCCAAAAUGGAUGACACACUCGUGGACAAGGUAGUGGAUGGAGCCAUAGCUGCGUCUCUGGCGCUGUUCACUUGGCUGAGUCUCCAUGUUAUAGGUCUACUAGGAACUCGGGAUGAAACCAAUAGACUGAUGGCGGGAAGGAGCUCCGAGGAGGGCGGGGGCGAGGGCGAGAGCUGCAGCACCAGCAGCCCCUACGACGGGUACGUGAACUUCCUCUGGAUCUUCGCCUGCAUCUACGCGCUCUCGAAGCUGACCCAGCUCUCGGAGCGCUACCUGGGCCACCGGCUGCUCGGCCAGAAGCAAAGCUGCGACGUCCGCUCGAUCAACCUCGAGUGGGAGCACACCCUCCAGAUGUACGAGGAGGAGAAGCGGCAGCUGGACGAGCAGGUGAGGGUGCUGCGCGAGAAGAACCUCAACCUGGAGCGCACGAUGAAUGACCUGCGCGACUGCAACAUCCACCUGAUCAGCGAGAACUUCAUGCGCUCCGUGCUCCACGAGCAGGCUCGGAACGAGAAGCCGCCCCCUCCGCCCCAGUCGAACAUCUACAUCACCAACAGCCACUUCCACCUCACCCGCCAGGUGUUCGUCAACGAAGGCCACAUCGACCUCAAGGUGCGCAACUCCGGCGGCGAGGACCUCUGCCCGGCGGACGCCCCCGAAGAGGGCCUGAAUGUCUGGAUGCAAUAUUUGCGGAUGCGCAAGUGCUACAUGGGCCCCAUCGCCGACCCCAACUUGAUAACGCCCAGCAGCCCCGAUCAUCUCCUACCCAUUGUUAUGACCACCGAGCAGUUGGCCAAGUUGCAGGGCAUGAUCUAAUUGGUUUUGAUUUUAAUGCAUUCCAAAUAGCGUUGGCGACUUUGUUUUAUUCUAAAAAAGCUCCAAAAAAAUACAUAAAAACUUGCUUUCAAUUA